AUUUUAAUUAUCUUAAAUUAUACGCUUUAAAACUACCUGAAUUGUGAUAAUUACUGUGGAGAAAAAAGAUCAUGUGUUGCAAUGGUGUAUAGAUAGGCUUGCAUAUACCCUGAAGCAAGGCAUCAAAAUUUCUAAAUAUGUUUGGACACAGUAGAGUUGAGUUCCAACUAUAGUAAUAUUUAGGUAUGCAUCCGGAAUUACAGUAAUAUAAAUUCUUCCAAAAUCUUUUCUCUUACUCGGCAAUUGGGCUAUUUUCCAAAGCCCAAUUUUUGGCACAUAGGAAAAAAAUGACUAGGGUUCUUUGGCCGUAUUACUAAUUCUACUGCGCUUUCAUUAAACAUUUUCCUGUUCUCUUUCUCGGCAAUUGGGCUAUUUGCCAAAGCCCAAUUUUUGGCACAUAGGAAAAAAAAAGACUAGGGUUCUUUGGCCGUAUUUAAUUGUGCUGUGCUGUCAUUAAACAUUUUCCUGCAUAAAGAUUACAGUUGUGAGCUGUUGCCACUUCUACCAACAUUCCAGCUAUCGGCCACCAUACGCAUCACUGGUCUAUCUACAUUUCGUGUAUGCAAAUACGCACUUAUUUGCGCCUUCCCAACUUCUUAUUUCUGGCAUAUCUAUGUAUCAUAGGGACACCAGAAGAUAAUAAAGAGUAGAUCACUAUAUCUUCAACGUGGGUGUAUUUUUGGUGUUUGUUUAACUUGUGUUGCUCGCUUUCUAUGGUGUUCUAUGUAUUUUAGUCAUUUCAGAAUGCUGAAGAUGUGUACGCAUGUAACACAGGCAUGUCCAAACUCCAAUGGGCUUUGGUGCCAAGUCCAAUAUCUCCCUGGUUGGCCCUUGCUCGCGCCUGUGAAAGUUCAAAUGCAGAAGUGCGAGAAAUGUUCCCAGGAGUUCUGUUCACCAAUUAAUUACAGGAGACAUAGUCGAGUACACCGCCGAUCUCUAAAUAUUAACAAGGAAUGUCACAAAAACAGAGAUCUAUUGGCUGCGUUUUGGGAUAAGCUUUCAGUGGAGAUGGCUAAGGAGGUGGUGUCAUUUGCCGAUGUGAUGCUUAAGGUAGUCACAUGGUUCCUCCUUUUACUCUAUGUAAUUUAUUUGUUAGCAUAAGAUUUGACCUUGCUAUAUCUAUACCUUCUAACAUGAUGUUAAGUCAGUUGAUAUAAUUACGUAACUUUUGUACUACCAUGCUUGCUGAAUGUUGAGAAGCAGUACCUGAGUACCAAUGGUCCAUGCAAACCUUCAGUUUGUAGAUUCUUAUUUUGGUUUGGAUGCCGAUCUAUCAAAAUCAAUUUUUUUUACUACCAUGCUUGCUGAAUGUGGAGAAGUAGUACUUGAGUACCAACGAUCCGUGAAAAAAGUCAGUAAGUAGUACUUGAACACCAAUGCUUGCUGAAUGUGGAGAAGUAGUACUUUUUUUUUGAUAAGUCAGUAAGUAGUACUUGAACACCAAUGGACUAUGCAAACCUUCACUUUGUAGAUUCUUAUUUUGGUUUGGAUGUCGUGAGAAAGUUUUUAAUAUGUCGGUUCAUUUUGGUUCUUGUGGCAUAAAAUUUAAUUACUUGCAGUUUCCUUGGAUUCUUGACUUCCAAUUCUUCCCAUAUGGCCUACAAUUAUGGGAAGCUCAAAUUAUAAUCGGCAUCAUAUAUAUUAAAUACACUGGGUUCUGCAGCACUCGUUCUAGGGUUUCUAUUUUGUUAAAGAAUGAUUUUACCAUCUUCUUUAUCUUCAAAAGACUACUUUACAUUUGACUCUGGCAAGUUC